AUGUCAUCUGAAGCUCUGCAAAAAAUAUCAACUUUGUUGAAGGAUGACUUAUCACCAGAGAGAGUACGAGAUAUUAAAGAUCAAUUGACGAAGCAAAAGUCAACAGUGGAAUAUCAAUUGAAUAAAGAAUCAUCUAAGUAUUAUGGGAACGUCGAAAAGAGUUUGUCAUUACUUAACUUAUCACAGAAAUCUGUCAAAGACAUACAAGGGCGUUUACAGGAUGUUAAUCAACUUAGCCAUAAGAAUAAAACUGCCAUCUCGAGGUAUGACAUUAUCUUUAGCGCAACUAAAAUCUAUGAAAAAAUUGAUAUGACAUCCUCUAUCUAUGAUAAGAUAUCUAGUUUUAAUGAACUGGUGAUAAAAAUAGAUCAGACGCUGGAUCAAGAAAUGGCAGAAGACGCUUUAGACACGGGCUGCCCGAGUUUACUACAUAUCCACUACAUGUUGACCACUGCGCGUGAUUUCCAAGACCAGAUGCUUGCCAUGUCUCUAGUAUCCACCGACGAUGUUCAACGUACCGUAUUGAAGCUGUUUUCACAGAUGAACCAGUUGGUCUCAAAAUUUGACAAAUUAUUGGAAUCUUUGGUAUAUGACUUGGUGGAGAUUGUAAGAUCAGAGCAAAUAUCGUUAGCAAUCCGCUUCUUCAAGAUAUUGACGUUAGAGGAAAGUGAAGAUUUAAAGAUUAACGCAAUUCGGAACAUUCUCAAGAAGAAAGAGAUUGAGCUGGAUAGGACCGCAAUAAAAAAACUACCGAGUCGGAACAGUGUUCCUCAACAAAAUGCGACAGAGUACCCAACAAGCAAAGGGAUUUACGAAGAAAUUCUCAGUGGUACCAUCACCACGAGAACUCAAUCUCGAGGUUACAGGAAUUUUUUCUUCAACAAGGUCAAGCAAUCAGUGCGGGAUAUGUUUGUAGAAGUGCGAAAUGAAUAUCAAGGCGAGAAGAGAUUUGAUGUCCUAAACAAUUUGGACUGGGUCUUUAACGAGUUGCUUAUGAUCAAGGAACACCUCACGAAGUAUUGCCCACCUCACUGGGAUAUCUUUGGCGAAUAUUUUGAACUUUAUUAUCAAGAGUUGCACUCACUGGUGAGUGAACUGGUAGAAUCCGAACCGGAGACUUUGAUCAUUCUAGAUAUUCUGGACUAUGAUAAACGUUUUCAGGAAACUUUGGUCAAAGAUUUUGGCUUCUCGAAGAAGGAAAAAAGGAGUAUUAUUGGAGACAAACAAAAGGAGCAAUUAUUUGCUGAUUACUUGAGCAUGAUCUUGGUGAAGAUGAGUGAAUGGAUCGGCAAUUUAGAGAAAGCUGAGUUUGAAGUGUUCCUUGAGAGAAAGACCCCGCCACACGUCGAUUCAGAAGGGUUACUUUACCUGGAUGGUACACGUACCUGUUUCCAAAUGUUCACUCAACAAGCUGAAGUGGCUGCUGGCUCGAGUCAGGCCAAGAUUCUUGUUGGUGUAAUUAAUAGAUUCUGUGAUCUGCUAAAACAAAGACAAAAGAAGUGGAUGCAAAUGAUAGAAGUCGACGUGCAAAAGUUACUUAGAUUUAAUCAUAGGGAUGAAGAUGCGCCCGAACCCGAUUCCUCUGAGCAAUGUCCCGGUGGUCUGGUGGAGUAUAUUGUAGCUGUGGCUAAUGAUCAAAUGAAAGCUGCAGAUUAUUCUGUAGCGAUCUCAUCCAAAUACGGUAAACUCGUGACGAAGACUUACGAAAGAGCCAUAACACAGGAUAUCGAAGAAGCACUUGACGGUUUUGCAGAAGUUGCAAAGUUCUGCUCUAAUGAGCUGAUAAAGAUUAUCUUUGCAGACUUGGCCAGCCCAUUUUCCGAAAUAUUUAGUAAAGCGUGGUAUAGUGGAUCACAGGCUCAGCAGAUCGCCGAUACAUUAUAUGAGUACCUAGUGGAAAUCAAGUCUCAAAUGAAUUCGGUGGUUUUUGCCAGUCUAUUAGAGAUCGUCGUUGAGGAGACCAUUUUAUCAUUUAUCAGUGCUUUGAAAUACGAACACUCAUUCAAGAACAAAAAUAACAAGUUCUUGGACUGUAUGAAGAGAGAUUUCGAGAUUUUCUAUAAAGUUUUCGUCCAAUUACUGCCCGAGAGUGAAGAUAAGACCAUGAUCAUUGACGAUAAGUUCAAACUGAUGGAAUAUUUCAUGGAUUUCAGUUGUGGCGAAGUGGAUAACAUCACCGCGAUAUGGUCCAACUGCCUCUCUGUGUACUGGGACACGCCAAUCAAGCUUCUUGCGGCUAUAUUGAACUGUAGAAAGGAUGUGGACAAGUCCGAUACAAAGAAGAUUUUACAAACCGCUACGCAACUGUGUAAUGAUCCCGCGAGAUUGAACCAAUUGAACGAAGCGGAAGUACAACCGACUUUCAUCAGUAGAGUCAACAUACUAAUAUAG